GUACUUCUAUGAAGCUUAUCCAAAGUAUGUUCCUUGAGAUUGAUCGGUUGAAAAAGAAUAUGUAACAACAAUAGCGCAAAGUUUGAAUUCCCUUUAAAAGUAUGGAGUACAUUAUUAAAGUUGAAUAAAUUAUGGAAUUUAAUGUUUUAUACCUAUCACCAUAACCGAAAAGUUAUUUUAACUCUAAGCUAAGAAGGUAUGUCAGUUACUGCUCAGCUGUGUUCGAGUUAGGGAAUUAUAAUGUAUGCUACUGUGUCAUUUCGGAUAUCGUCAGUGUGGUAGUCAAUUUACCAACAUCUCAAAGAAGCAACUGUUACCUUGAUUUUAAAACAAACUCUGAAGACGAAGAAGUAAGGGGAAUCAGAAGUGUCUUCUAAUGAGACGUAUCAUAUGAAUAUGCUCUGUUUACUUGAUUUAUUCAGAAUAUUCAAGAGGAUUCAACAUACUAAUUCAUUUUGUCAAAUUCAAUGUAUUCACUUGAUUUCAAUUAUUACUAUUAUUAUAUACAUGAUUAAAUUAUCGAAUACAAUGGAAAGAGAAUCAACAGUUUGUCCACCACAAUGUAUUUGUAGUUCAAAACGUAUGAAUUGUGAAUUGCCUGGUUUAAAGUUUUUACCAAUUCCACCAAUGUUACAAUUAGAAUAUUUAUUAAUACAAAAUCAGACAUUUAUUAGUACACAUUUAGGACCAAAUGAAUUGUCAGUUUAUCGUAGUAUUGAAUUCGGUGGAAAAAUUCAACUGAAAAGUUUACAUAUACGAUUUUGUAAUAUUGCAAGUUUAGGUCGUAAUGCAUUUCAAACAUUAGGAUCUCAAUUACGUUUAUUAGAUUUAACUGGAAAUCCAUUAGUUGAAAUAGCUGAUUAUGCAUUUGCUGGUUUAGAUCAAUUAACUUUGAUAAUGGAUGAGAUUAAAUUACCAAAUAUUCGUGAAAAUACAUUCACUGGUUUGACAAGAAUGAAAAGUUUAAUUAUACGCAAUUCUAAUCUACAUGAACUGCCUUAUAAGUCAUUGGAACAAUUGACCUCUGUUGGGAGAUUAAGCCAGUUAAUAUUGAAAGGUAAUCAAUUUAAACGUCUUGACAGUAAGUAUGAUGUGAUAUUUCGUGAGUUACAAAAUUUCGAAAUUAAUGAAAAUCCAUGGCAUUGUGACUGUCAAUUGAAUUGGUUGAUUAAACGAUAUCGUACUAUUCAUAAACGUGAUUGGAAUGAAACUAUGGAGAAUGGAUGGGAUCGUGAAGAUAGCCAACCGAAAUGUUCAACUCCACACUCAUUAGCAGGACAUAAAUUUAGUGAUCUUAUUACUGACCUUUCAGAGGCCUAUAAUCCAGGAGCAAAUACUUGGCGAAAAUCUCGUCCUCCGUUUAUACUUUAUUGCCCACCUCCACAACUUGAACGUCUUGACGUCGAUUUGACUAAUCUUCAUCAAGCUGACAGUAAAAUUCGAAGGGAUUCUUCAUUGGAAGAAUCGGAUUCCCAAUCGAAAGUAGAUAGUCAGCAUUCUACAGUACGACUGACAUGUUCAAUGAAGGGAUCAUCACAGCUAUCGAUUACUUGGUAUUACCACAAAGAUGGUAUGAUUGCAGUUAACUUGUCUAAUCAUCAUGCAACACUCAGGUACCAAGAUGAAAAGGAGAUCCCACGCUUGACUGAUGAUAAUGAAGCUUGGUCCGUUGAAGCUGCAGAAGUGAUGAGAGCCGAAAGUGAAUUAGAAGUCACAAAACAACAUAAAGUCGAUAUGUAUUCAUGUGUUGGCAAUGAUGUGAUUGGUAAUGUUACAGCAACUGUCCGUCUGCAGUGGCCAAUCAUUUUGCCAACCAAAAUUUUAGAAAAUGAUGACCAAAUAUCACCUAUAUCUAAAACCGUAUUCAACGAAAGCAAAGCUAAUUACCUAAACAACUGGCCCACCACACCACUCUCACAUUCAGGUUCAGUUCUACAUACAAAACAGUUUAGUCUAGGCGAACUUAUAGCUGCAACAGCUGGAACAUUUUUAUCGACUGUUCUACUAUUUUUUAUUAUCUAUCAAACACUUCACCGACGCCUAUCACCUUGUGAUAAACGUAAACAAUAUCGACCUCAUAAAGCAGAUACUGGUGCUUUGGAAGUACCUGGUGUAUCUCCUGGAGGGACAUCAUCAUCAAAUACGUCAUGUAGUGCCUCAAGAGCAGCUAUCACUACAAGUUCCAUAGAACCAAGUGCACCACAAAGUUUAGUAACAAAUUGUACUACAGGUCAAAUGAAUCCUGAAUCUAUUUCGUUAGCGACAAAUUUAUUAAAUGCACAACAGUUUUUUAAUGGACUACCGGGAUUUAAUCAUGCUACUCUUCCGGUGAAUAUGCGACAACAAACCAUGCAAACUGAAUUAGGUAGGUGUGUAAGACCUGCACAAAGUGGUACCAUAGGUGAUGGAAGUUUAAAUUCUAUGUCAUAUGAACCAGUAUCGUAUACAGAUGCUAACAAUGUAACAUAUGAUGUACCUUGGAUAGUGAACACUAACGGUAAUCAUAUAGGUAAUGGUGCAGUCAGUGUAAAUCAAAGAAUGUCAAAUGAACAAUGCGUACCACUUUUAUAUAAUGGAUUGCCUACUGGUAUGAUGCAUCAACUAGAAACUAAUCCUAAUUCCCUUGUUCAUGCAGGUUUACUUAUCCCACCUCCACCAUCCAUUCCACAACCAUCUUUACCAAACUCUUGUACAAAUUCAACAUUAUCUCUAAAACCUGUAACUGUUCAACCUAGUUUACAAGCUAAUCUCCUUCUUCUACAAUCUGGUUGUUAUCCGACAACAAUGAAUUCUGUGACAUCAAAUUCACAAAUAAGUCAGGGAUCUUCUGGUCUAACAAAUUAUUUAAAUUAUCAUUCAUAAUUUCAUAGAGAAUAUUUUUUUUUUGUCAUCAUCUAUCUCACCUGUUGUCUAGUGUAUCGUUUCUUCUUUAUCUUGUUCUCACUUUGUGUUAAUCACUUAAUGUUUCAUUUCUUUUUUGCAUGGUUUAUGACCUGUAAAAUGUUGACCUACUUACAGAAAGAUUGGUGAUAACAAAUAGCUUGUGAAUUUUUUCUAGUAUCCAUCACAUAGAAGAUUUUAGACAAUGUUAAAAUGUUACGUUGAAAAUUUUCUGGAAACAACUUGAAGAAGGCAGAUAGAUAUCAAAUGGAUAUUGUAUGUGAAUAUCUUGACUUUUUUUUUCGUUUUGGGACCAUUUCAUUGUGAAGAUAUGCAUUUUACUGUUAAACACUCUGUAUGUACAAAACAGAUUCACUCACCUAACAUAUAUAUCUUUUGAUAGUGAUUUAAAAGAUGAUCCAGUUGAAUCAUGAAUUGAUUCAGAAAUUAUUACUGGAUCACUUCUGUUUCAUUUUUAGUUGAGUAAUAAUGAUUGUUUCAAUGAUUAGAACUACUCUUUUCUUCGAUAAAUGUAUGCAUUAGAUGGAUAUACUAACAUUGUUCAGAUAUGAAAUACUAAUGCGAAGAUAAUUAUCUCUUUUAGUGGCUGUGCUAUUACUAUUAUUAUUAUUAAUACUUCUACUGUUAGUCGUACUGUUCAUUUUCUUUUCUGUCUACCGUCUUAAUUGUUAAUGCAUAGAAUAUGCUAUGUUUGUGUACACAUAUUUGCAGGUAUGUUUACAUUUGUAUAACAUGAUUCUUCAUUUUUGUUGUUCGUUUGACAAUUAUUUCUUUAUGUACCUUCGGCAGACCAUAUAAAAGGGGAAAUGUUUGAACCAGAUGGUUCAAUUAUUUCUUUAUAUGACGCAAUUGACCUCUUAGUGAUUGAAUAGCAUCUCUGUUACUCAGCAAUCAUGUUCCUAGGAAAUGAACAUACAAAUAAAUAUUACACUGUCCAUUAUGUAAUGUGUUGGAUAAUUUUGUUGUUUUCUAAUCCUUUUUUUUUUAAUUUUCCUUGUCUGAAAUUUAAUGAGUUUUACCUGUUCAUAUAUAUAAAAAGUAAAGUGCAGAGAAUUUUUAAAAAUAGUCGUUUUGUUUAAUGAUGUGAUAAAAAGAAGUUGGAGAAUAUUUUUUCGCUGUGGGAAAACCAUGAUCAGUGGUCACUUAGAGUAGGUUAUACUAGAAAACAGAUGGAUUUUUCACAUGAAGUGUUGAGUAAAUAAUAGACUGCAGGGUUAAAGACUUACGAUACGUAUAUAAUGAUUGUUUGUACGCAAAAAGUCAAAAUAAAAAGCGGAGGAUUAACAAGGUACAUGCUUCUCAGUGGAGAUUCAAGUUUUAUUGUAAAUAUAAAUUACUAGUAAU